CACGCGUCGCGCUCGAUGACGUGUCCGCGGCGGCGGCGGCGGCGGAGCCGGGAUGCACCGGCGGGGGGUGGGGGCGGGGGCGAUCGCCAGGAGGAAACUGACCGAGGCCAAGUACAAGGAGCGGGGCACGGUCCUGGCUGAGGAUCAGCUGGCCCAGAUGUCCAAGCAGCUGGAGACGUUCCGGACCCACCUGCAGGCCUUUGCCAGCAAGCACAAGCAGGAGAUCCGGCGCAGCCCCGAGUUCCGCCUGCAGUUCCAGCACAUGUGCGCCGCCAUCGGCGUCGACCCGCUGGCCUCCGGGAAGGGUUUCUGGGCCGAGGUGCUCGGGGUCGGAGACUUCUACUACGAGCUGGGCGUGCAGAUCAUCGAGGUGUGCCUGGCACUGCGGCACCGCAACGGAGGGCUGAUCACGCUGGAGGAGCUGCAGCAGCAGGUGCUCAAGGGCCGCGGGAAGUUCGCGCAGGACGUCAGCGCGGAUGACCUGCUGCGGGCCAUCAGGAAGCUGAAGGUGCUGGGCAGCGGCUUCGGGACCAUCCCGGUGGGGGGGACGGUGCUGGUGCGCUCGGUGCCGGCCGAGCUGAGCAUGGACCACAGCGUGGUGCUGCAGCUGGCCGAGAAAAAAGGAUUUGUGACGGUCAGCGAGAUCCGGGAGAGCCUCGGCUGGGAGACGGAGAGAGCCAAGCAGGUGCUGGAGCACCUGCUGAAGGAGGGCAUGGCCUGGCUGGACGCGCAGGCUCCGGCCGAGCCGCAGUUCUGGCUGCCCGCACUCUUCUCGGAGCUGCACGGCCAGGAGGGCACGGCCGGGCCCUGACUGCCCCGGGAGCCCGGGAA